GAAGAGCUUGUUUACAACAUCCGGGGGAGGGCUCAAGCGGAAGAAAACUAAAAAAGAACGCACGUUCUGUUAACGUUAGACUCAACUAGUGUGAAGAAGAACUCCACGAUGUCUACGGUCCAAAGUAUGAGACGGUUCGUGUGCGAUAGAAUGACCGCAGCAGCUCAAGAGAUUCUGGGAGCCUUCGAAAGGAAAAUCGAAAACUACGAGGCAGAAAUCGCUCGUCAACGCAGACUCCUGAACGCCGUUUUGACACCAGAGAUAAAGUUGCACCGGACAGAGCUGCUACAGAUAUGUGGAGGGGAGGAGGAGGCUCUCCUGAUUCAGCAGCAGCACUUGGACCAGUAUGCUAAUACCAGUUUGGCCCCAACAGACCCUCCGCCGAUUAAAGAGGAGCAUGAGGACAUGUGCAUUGGUCAGGGACGACCGCAGCUUGCACAGCAACGGGAGACUGAAGCCUCCAAGUUGAGUUCAACUUGUGAGCAAAGUGUCCAGGCGCAGCCUUUGGACCCUGAACAAACUCAAAGUGCAGCGAAUAAAGAUCAGCAUCUCAGCACGUCAAAUAAAGAAAUAUCAUCUCCAUCUGACAAGGAGUGUUCUGCAGCAUUAGCACAGAGCACUGGCCACCAGCUCCUCUCUGACAACUCACAAGAUCACAUAACUUUUACCCACGGAAAUGCAACGGAAAAUAGACAUAGUGAGUCAGCGCAAACUCCUAAAAGCAACAAUCAGAGCACCACGUCAGCUAUAGGUACAGAAGAAACAUCUCUUAAGAAAAGCAACAAAAAGAACAAGACAUCAGCUCCAAGUACCCAGCAAACAUCUCUUAGGAAAAGCAACGACGAAAACACAACAUCAGCUGUGGGUACUGAGGAAACAUCUCUUGAGCAAAGCAAGAACAAGACAUCAGCUACAAGUACUGAGCAAACCACCGAUGACAAGAAUGAAACAUCAGCUACAAGUACUGAAGAAACAACUCUUAAGAAAAGCAACAAUGAGAACACAACACCUGCUGCAGGUACUGAGCAAAUAACCGAUAAGAUAACCAAUGACAACAACACAACAUCGGCUACAAGUACAGAGGAAACAACUCUUAAGAAAAGCAACGACGACAACACAACAUCAGCCAUGGGUACUGCAGAAACAUCUCUUGAGAAAAGCAAGAACAUGGCAUCAGCUAGAUGUGCCAACCCUUCACCAAAUAAAAACGGUAACAAUGGCAACCCAGGAGCCAGUGGAAAUACUGAGCAAACGCUAAAUAAGAAACGUGACGAAAACACAAGGCCAAUCACAGGCGUUGAAUUAACCCCACGCAAGAGUGGAGAUGAGAACGUAAAAUCGCCGAUUAGUGAACCCACUGAGCCGACAUCCAAUAAGAAAACGGAUGUUGUACAAACACUACGGACUAGUUCUGAGCGACCGAAACACAGGAAAGAGGACUACGAUAACACAAAGUCAAAUGCGACACCAACAGGAAACAGUAAGCCGACACCAAGUAAGAGAAUCCCAAAUGUGAGGCCGCCCUCAACAGGACAUUUUGAGCCAACACCAAAUAGGAACUCUAACAAUGACAAGGCGACAUCAACUGCAAGUUCUCAAACACCAUGCAAGACACGCAAAGAGGAGAACGUAACAUCGAACACGGAUGCUGAGACCACGCCAAAAGGGAAUCCUAGCAACAGGAAGAUGCCAUCAACCAGAGGGACUGUGCUAACGGCUAGUAAGACGCAUAAUGGUGAGCGCACAGCAUCUACGCAGACAUUUAGCGAUAAGACCGCAACAUCAGCUAGAGGCACCAAGCCGACACCGAACGAGAAAUAUAAUGAUGAUGAUGACGCAGCAUCAAAAGGAAAGGAUGCACCAACAACAAAUAACAAAAGCCACGGUGUGGUACAGACCACAACUGGAAGUGUCGAGUCAAUACUAAGUAAGACAUGUAGCAAUGGAAAGCGAACGUCAACCAGAAGAACUGAGGUAACGUCGACUGAGAAAUCCCACGAUAAUACCACAACAUCAGCCCGGGGCACCAAGCUAACUCCAGAGGAUGAAUGCAGAAAUAAUGAGCCAACAAAAAGUAAGAGAUGUAACAAUGAGAAAACAACAUCAAGUGGAAGAACUGAUCCAACUUCAAAUAGUGAACCCAAUGAUGGUACGAUGACACGUGGAAGAACUAAACCAGCACCAUAUGAAAAAUCCAAAGGCGUGAAUCCAACCUCUACUGGAGGUAUUGAGCCAACCGUAAAUAUAACUUGUAACAGCGAGAGCACGUCAGCUAAAAAUAUUACCCCAACAGCAAAACGGAAACACGACAAUGAGAAAGUAACGUUGACCACAAGUACACAGGCAACGGCGAAUAAGAAGCACAACGAUGGGCCCCCGGCAUCCACCACUAGCGACUCAACCCCGAAUAAGAGGCGAAAGAGUGGGAGCGCAACGUCCAAAGGAGGUACGGACCCAACGACAAGUAAGACGCACACAGAUGAAAGGAAAACGUCAACCACUGCAGCUACAGCGUCAACCAGAAGUUCAAGGCAAGCCCAAAGGGAGAAACGUAAGGGUGAGAGCACACCAUCAAGUGUAAGCACCAACCCAACGGCCAACAGGACGGACGCCAUCGAACACGAUGACAACCCCUACAAGUGUGACAGGUGCGGCAAAGUGAUGACGAAUUUCAAAAACUACAAGUUCCACAUGAAGUCCCACACCGUGGAGAAGACUUUCAAGUGCGACACCUGUGGGAAAAUGUUCAGGGAGAGCUGGGACUUGAACAAACACAUGCUGGUUCACGCCGCCGUGAAGCCUUUCGAGUGCAAGGAGUGCGGGCACGGGUUCAACCGGCAGUACAACCUGGAGCUGCACCUUCGGGUGCACACGGGGGAAAAGCCCUUCAGGUGCGACACCUGCGACAAGACCUUCAGCUCGUGCGCGAACAUGAAGAAGCACGCGAGGAUUCACACGGGGGAGAAGCCCUACACCUGCGUCGACUGCGGGAAGGAGUUUGCCGACUCGUCGGCCUUCAAGAAUCACCGGCGGGUUCACACGGGGGAGAAACCCUUCAAGUGCAACGUGUGCAAGAAGCGCUUCGCCGCCCACACGACCCUGAGGAGGCACAUCAGGACGCACACGGGGGAGCGGCCGUACCCGUGCAGCGUGUGCGACAAAGCGUUCGGCCACAGGUCGGACCUCAAGGGCCACAUGAGGAUACACACGGGGGAGAAGCCGUACGAAUGCACGACUUGUCGGGAGCGGUUCUCCACCUGGAACAAACUCAACAAACACAAGAAGGUGCACACGAGUGACGCGCAAAGUUCCUCUGCCUGAAACCGCACGUGCUUUUUGCAUUUUUAACCCAUGGCUUUUUACAUUUUUGGCCCGGGGAGCAAGUAAGGUUUAGGUGUCUUGCUCAGGGACACUUUGACAUGGGGCAGCCGGGGCUCAAACCACCAACCUUUCAUAUUUGUGCAACAUUUAUACAUUUCUUUUAUAUAUUUAUAAUUAGACUUUUUUAGGGAGGGGAAUGGGGUCUAAUGGUAGUGGAAACCCUGUUCUGAUGGAAGUUGCUCAUGCCAGUUUGAGUUGUAUCAUAUUUCUACCGAAUUAGAAUUGAACUUGUAGAUGGAGCACCUUUUUUAAAUAAAAUGUAGAUUAUUUUAGUCGUCGUCCUAGACUGAGGGUUUUUUGAUUAGUCUGUCUCUGUGUCUCAUCCCUGGCAGCUGCUACUAAAUACAUUUUUUUCUUUAAUAUCCUCAAAAUGAAGACUGUAUGUUACUGUAGGUAACUUAAGAAGGCUUCAGUUUGGGGCAUCUACUAAGUCUGAAUAGUGGGAAUCAGAAUCAGCUUUAUUGGCAAAUACAUAUGUAAUCAAGUUUUCAGAUUUUCAUUCGUAAAUCAAUGUAAUAUUGCACUACUAAAUGAUGGACUAUUUUGUGUGUCCAUUUUAAUCCCAAUGAAAAUGCAUUUGAAUGUAUGGCUUUACCAUGACAAAAUGUGUCAAAAUGACAAAAGUCCAGGGGGAGUGAAUACCCCUACGAGGCACUGUAUAACAGAACCAUAAUGAUUUAAAAUAGUAGACAUAGAAAAGAAGAAACAACUCCAUUACACGUAAGCCAGUAAGGGCACCGAUUUAUGAGAUGAGAAACAAAUGCGUAACACGGUUAUUAAGGAGUCACGUGGUUAAACUUAUGAGUGCUUACUUCUUUUCCAUUUUUGUUCAGAAUGUUUGACAUGUUGGUUAUCCACAAUUCUCUCCCUGGUAAUUGUUCUGGGAUGGCAGUUAAUGGAGCAGAAUCGACACUCUGGGUAUAGACAGUGUAUCAAACACCGGAUGAUCCCAUGUGUCCCUCCUCCAAACACUAGACAGCAGGCAUGAGUCACUCUGAAGACUCUGUCCAACAUGUCCUGGGCUACACAUGCAGAUGUUUGAACAGACACAAUAAGACCUUCAAGUUGAAUCUUUUACCUGAAAAGAGUGUUUUUCAACACAAUGCCAUGUAUACAAAGUUCUCCAUUAUUCAUUAAAUUCAAUCGUUGAAACACUA